GAGUAACAGCCCAUUUUUGUUGCCCUCCUCUCUUGACUUCGAACGACCUCCACGACAGCAAGUAACACUCCCGACGCUGAAGAACGUCGCUGUAGGUCGUUGGAGACGACGACAAGAUAUUCGACUUCCAACGCCUGCUUCUUGCUCUCCUCAAUUGCUAUCUCUACCGUCUACAACUUUCACUGACUCAACCACCACGUUCCUCACAGCCAACCGAACGUUUCCGACACACCGCCAUGUCCUCAAAUUACACCACCAUCUCUCCCCACCUAUUACCCUCUUUCUCCGAUCCGCAAACAUCUACACACCACAUCUUAGAUGACUCGUCUGGAUACCAUUCAUCUUCUUGCACAAUCUUCCCAAUGUCUUUCAAAUCACUGUCGCUCAAACGGAGACCGUCUCUGAGGUCACUGAUUUGGCGGCGCAGCAGCACACCCCUCAUACUUGACCCAUUGGAUGAAACGAGGCCAGGAAGACCUCUACCAAACCUUCCUCCUGAACUAUGGGUCAUGAUCAUUCGAUAUUCGGCGGGCAGUUUUGGGUAUGGACAUGGAGAGAAUUCGGUUCAGGAUCAAGCUAGCGCUUCAAACUCGGUUUUCACAGCUGGUCCCACGACAAACAUCCCUCUACUCACACGAGUAGAAUACAUCACCUCUAUUUCCCAAAAAAUAUCGUGUUCACUAGUGUCUAAACGUUGGAACGCCUACACAGCCGAAGUACUCUACGAGUACAUCUGGCUUUCUCGUUCCCGACAAGCCAAAGCCCUCGCUCUCACCCUCCUCUGCCAAGUGUGCGCCAGCCCCAUCGUACACCCCUCUAUCUACAGCACCGCCUCAUCCACUUCCAACUAUUCCAACUACACCCACUACCCAACACCUUCUAAUUCAAAAACGAAAUCAGCGUCCACCUCUUCUCAAUGUGGUCGACAUAUCAGAGUUCUCCACCUCGAAACACCAAUGCUGGACAGAUGUAACCCUCUUGACAUCCGGGUCAUCCUUGACUAUGCACCCAACCUCAUCGCUUAUUGCGAUUUUAAAAGUCUUCGAAGGAAUUUGGUGGAAGAAGUACGAGAUCCUCGAGGGAGCGCGGAGGGGCUUUUGAAGGCGUUGGGUGCAGGGAGGAAGUGUGAUGAACCGAGUUUGUUGAAACGUCUUACGUGGACGUGUUAUUCGAUGGAUUCGAUUUCUAUUUCUUCGUUUGCGUUGAAUUCGGUUACGGCGAAUUUGGAGUAUUGCGAGAUGGAUUUCUCGGGGUUGGAAUCGUCGAUGUCGUCGCUGUUCGGUGGAGCGUUUACGGGGACGAGUUCGACUGUUGAUGUGGAUGUUGAUGUGGGUGUUGGUGUUACGACGACGAUGACGAUGACGAGUGAGGCGUUUAUCACGUCUACGACUACGACGGUGUCGUCUUCUUCGUCUGAAGAGGAGAAGUGUGCGGAUGCGGAGGAGUUGGGGAAAAGGGAGGGUGGGAUGGUUGUUCCCGGUGUGGUGUUUCCGUGUUUGAAGGGAUUGAAGAUAACCCUUCCUGAAUCAACAUUCCACCUGUUGUCCUCCUGGCAGAUGCCUCAACUCGAAAACUUGUCGGUAUCGCUUACUGACUCGCCCAAUCCGGUCGUUUCGUCAGACGGAGCGUUCCAUCAGUUCUUCAAGGUCCAUGGCAAGAAGCUUCUUCAACUGGAACUAUCGUCGAGUUUUCAAGGCGAAGAAGGGUUUUCGUUGAGGGAGUUGUGUCCGAAUCUGAGGAGUUUUGUGUGUAGUUGUGUGCCGUCUAUGCAGGUUGACUGGAAUUGGGAAGACCCUGAUUGGGUGGCACCUCAUGCGUUGUUGACUAGUCAUGAGAACCUUCAGUUUAUUGGAGUCCGUGGUCUGGGAGAGGUUGUGAGAAGGGCAUGGGAAGAGUCCGCGCCGUCCCCAGGAUCCCCCGAAUACAUUCAAUACCUGUUCUCAUCCGACCCAUCGCCUUUCUUCAUGCUUCUCGAACAAGUCACAUCCCUCCUUCGAACUGAAGCGUUUCCUAACCUCAAGUAUAUACGAGACUUGAGUGAAGAGAGUGAUUGGAUGAGGAGGGGCUGGAUCCCGCUUGCGGAUUAUCCUCCUCGACCUCCUACUCCUCCCACUCCUCGGUCUAGUAAACGAGCACGAGGGGAGGUGGAAUGUGAAGUUGGACUGGGACCGGGACCGGUACCGGGGCAUGCUAGGGUUGUUAGUUAUUGGAAGGAGGUGUUGGAGAGGACGAGGGAGAGAGGGGUGUAUGUUGAGGAUUUGAGGGGGGUUAAUAUUACGAGGAGGGAUUUGGAGAGGUGGGGGGCUGGGAUGGAGUAGGGUUGAGUUUGGGGGUUUUUCUUCUCCCUCUUUCUCUCUCUUGCGGUCAUUAUUUCUUUUUUCUUUUUUCCGAUUUUCUGCUGCAUAUAUUGGAUACCCGCCCAUCCUACGCAAUUGUUUUCAACUGGACGUUCUUUUCUUUCUUGAUUUCUUGAUUUCUUGGUUUCUUGGCUCGUGCUUUGUCACCCCUCCCUCCCCCCUAUCUAUACCAUGGACAUGUGCUUCAGUGCUUCAUCUUCUAUAUGCAUUUUGUUCCUCUCUCGCCCUCUGUGCACAAAACCAUCACAUCAGUCCAUCUUGUGUUCUUUCUCUCGUCCAUCGUCCAGCGUCCAUCGUUCGUCGUUCAUCAUUACCACCACCAUUGACCAUCAACAUCAAUGGCCAUCGUUCAUCUUUCAUCUAUCAUCGCCUGGCGCCAUCUUUCAUCAUGUACCUUCUUUUUUUUUUUCACAAACGGUUUUUUCUGGAUCUAUUGUUUGCGGAUUGUAAUAACAAGCGUUUGAUUAUGCAGAUUACUUAGAGUGUGUACAAUUGUGUUAUUGCGUUAUAUAGAACACUCGUUUUC